AUGGGGAGAACUUCUUAUACAACUAAGAAAACAACGACCCAAUCGGGAAUGUCUGCAAAAGGCAGCUCUGGAAGAACUAGUAAAACUACUGGCAAAACUAGCAAGUUUGGAGCAACUGGGAAGACAUCGAGUUCGAACAAUGGAAUGACUGGAGUCACAGGCUUAUCGUCCAAAGCUGGUACGCGUUCACGGAGUGGAUUCACAACUUCAGGAGGAAGAAGUAAAUUUGGAACCAGUUUUGCUUCAACGUUCGGUGGUGAUACAACUGGAGAAUCGUACAAGUUGUCACGAGGGACAAAAAAAAAUUCCACGGUUGUUAAAGGUCUACUCCGAUGCUGUCGGUUCGUAUUGUUAAUGAACCUCAUACUGCUCUUUGCUGUCUUCGCAAGCAGGACAGUAACAGAUAUCGACUUCAAAGUACUCCAAACUGAGACGAAAUGA